GUUGCUGCACACACAUCUCCCUUUCGUCUUUUCCCAACUUCAGAUUACUACACUACUUGUUGCAAUACACACAUCCGUACGGGGGCACGCUGCUCCUCUACUUUUGCAUUGUGCUCUGCUACGACAGUAUCUUCUCGCAAUUAACGUCUGCUUUUCCCACACAAAUCCAAAAUCCAAGGAACACCUUGACCAAUAUGGACCGCACCGACGCUGACCUAGAACGCGACUGGAAGCCAAAUGGCCGCCGCCCGCAAUCCACAAUUGCCCGUACCUUUAGCGCAGAGUUGGAGGAUCUUUUCCGGAUUGACAACAGCAUCGCCGACCUAGACAACAAAGUAGCCACCAAGAAGCAGGAAGUCAACUCGCAGGCCUCUGAACUCGAGGCUCUAGAGCGCCGCAUCCGCGAAAUGGAGGAGCGUCUCAAGCAUGGCACCCAGGCGACAGGUGCCGCUGGAGCUAGCCCACGUGCACAGCGAUCGCCAAUUGGCAGCGCCUUCGCACAAGCAGGACAAGGGGCUCCUGCCUCUCUACACAAAGACCUCCCCCAGAGAGGAUCUCGCCCAGGUACGGCCAAGGCCCAGCAGCAAGCACCAGCCCACGGAGGCGCCAUGCCGCCCACACCCACGGCCAGCGAAGGUGAAUACGAACUCGUCCCCGAACCACGCUACCCUACCAACAUGUCCUCUUCUACUCACACCUACAAUGACUCUGAGAGUGGUCUCGAAACCCGAAGCUUUGCUGACAUGGUGAUUGUCUCUAAAGAUGGUGAUGCCGAUUCGUAAAACAACCCUGUCCUGGCAUUGUGGCCCAUGCGAUUUCCAGUUUUAAAGCCGCUUCACAGCAAGUACCAAUGAUGAAUAGCUCCUGUGGGGGAGCCUUCUCGCCCACAGCUCCAAAUUGCGAAAGCAAAAGUGCCAGCAACAUGCGAUAUUUCAUGGCCAGAGAACGCACAUCGACCAAGCAGUAAGCUAGAAGCGCGAAACCCCUAUCUUUGGACAGGCAUAUCUUUGCGGGAAAAAAACCAGCUCCAA